AUGGAGCACAGCAGCAGCUUGGAAGCCGUGCAAAAGGCAGCACCCAGGCUUCCUAUUUCGAAGGUCAAGCGCAUUGCCAAAUGUGAUCCUGAACACAUGCUUACUUCACAGUCAGCGACUGCUGCGGUGGCCUUCGCGACCGAGCUCUUCGUGCAAGUUUUUAGCGAGGAGGGCUUUGCUCGCUCGCAAUUGGAGAGACCAGCAGGUGCUCGUCUGACUUUACGCUACGACGAUCUUUCCGCAUGCGUGGCCAGCUCUGACCGUUUUGCGUUCCUAGCCGACGUAGUUCCAGAAACCCAGUCGUUGGUCUCGCUGACGUGCGAAAACAGAGUCAGAUACACGACGCUGGCACCCGGACAGACUGUCCUGCCUUUCAGAGCCAAAGAAGAGCCCGCCAACAGUGACGGAGAUGGAGAGGAGGAACCGGACGAGCAGCCCGAGGCCGAGUUGGAUGCGGAAAUCGACGAGGACGGCGAUAACCAUGUUGAAGCAGAAAUCGACGUCUACACCCAGAACGAUGCUGACCUGGAGCCAGAGCUCGACGCGGAGGCUGACACGGACAUCAAGCCCACAGCAGACCCUGAGGCGGGUGCUGUUGUGAUCUAA